AUGUCUUCAUUUGACGCCCAGGGCCAGUCUCCCCCUCGAUGUGGCCCUCAGUUCCCCAGCCUGGGACAGGAGCCCCCGGAGCUCAGCAUGUACAGCGACUGCUACUACCCUCCUCCUUCCCUGCCGAGCCCUCAGCGCACUACGCCGACCUCCUACGACCUGAGCGACUACGCCACCUCCACCCCGAACCCUUACCUCUGGUUCAACGGCUCCGGGAUCAACACGCCGCCGUACCUGGCCACCGCCGGCCCGUCCGGUAACCCCGGCCCCCCCUUUGUGCCCCAGCACUACGGCAUGCAGAGGCCUUACCUGGGUCCGGUGGGAGCUGGGGGCCCAGGAGGGGAGCUGAGCUGGUUCUCUCUGCCCUCACAGGAGGACCUGAUGAAGCUGGUCAGGCCCCCGUACUCCUACUCCGCUCUCAUCGCCAUGGCCAUCCACGGAGCGCCCGACAGGAGACUGACACUGAGUCAGAUUUACCAGUAUGUCGCCGACAAUUUCCCUUUCUACAACAAGAGUAAAGCGGGCUGGCAGAACUCCAUCAGACACAACCUGUCACUCAACGACUGCUUCAAAAAAGUGCCCCGGGACGAGGAUGAUCCAGGAAAGGGCAACUACUGGACGCUCGACCCAAACUGUGAAAAGAUGUUUGACAACGGAAACUUCCGCCGCAAGAGGAAGAGAAAGUCUGACCUCCUCCCUGGAGGUGAAGGCAGCUCGGGGGCUCCAGAGUCAGGCGACAGUGAGAGGGGAAGCCCAAAGCUUUCUGGUAACCCUGCCCUGAACAUCUCCCCCUCACCGGACAGGAUCCCGUCCCCUUCAUCAUCGGGUCCCGCACCGUGUCUGAGCAGCUUCCUGUCUGAGAUGUCUGGAGUGACCUCCAGUGCAGCCAAUGAGGUGGGAGGUGACGGGUUGAGCAGGCCGCUGCAGAUUAACCUGCCUUUAGAUGGGCCUCUUAGACCCACACAACCAGGAAGCUUCAGCACCUACUCCCCCAACUCGGUCGGCUCAGAGUGGGUACCGCAAGUGUCUGCUCCCCCUGUGCUCUCCUCCUCACCCACCCACUCCUCCUUAGGGUACACGAGCCCCAUCCUCAGCCAGUACAACAGCUCCAAUGGGCAUUUCUACCCUAUGCUGGGCUCGUCAGGGAUCAUCUACCACCGUGAGGGCACAGAAGUUUGA